GCACCAAAUCUCCACAAGUAGUGUGUUUAUUUAUACCUUCUCCCCUCCCCCAAACUCCUCUCUUUAUUUUCCCCUUCAUCUAUUCAUUCCCCUUCCCAGCCCUUUUUUCCCCCAUUUCUUUCCCCACCUUUCUCCACCGCCACCCACACCCACCCAUCCAUCAUCUCUUUUGUUCAUCCUUUACAUAUUUAAAGAGAAAACCAGUGAUGGAAAGCUUAGGAAAAGAAGCUGAAGAACAGCAGCAGCAGAUGAUGGAUCUGCCCCCCGGGUUCCGGUUCCAUCCCACCGAUGAAGAGCUCAUCACCCAUUAUCUCUCAAAGAAGGUUCUUGACAGCUCUUUCUCUGCUUUUGCCAUUGGAGAGGUCGACAUGAACCGGGUUGAGCCUUGGGAUUUACCAUGGAAGUCGAGAAUUGGGGAAAAGGAGUGGUAUUUCUUUUGUGUGAGGGACAAGAAGUACCCAACAGGGCUGAGAACCAACAGAGCCACUGCUUCUGGGUACUGGAAGGCAACAGGGAAAGACAAGGAGAUUUUCAGGGGAAAAAGCCUUGUCGGAAUGAAGAAAACCCUUGUUUUUUACCAGGGUAGGGCUCCCAAGGGGGAAAAAACAAAUUGGGUCUGCCAUGAGUACAGACUUGAAGGCAAAUUUUCCCUCCGGAGCUUCCCCUCUGAUUCUCAGCAGAGUGAUUGGGUGAUUAGCAGAGUGUUCCACAAAGGCUCCGGUGGGAAAAAAGACGACUUCUCGGGGCUGCUGGACAACAAGACGUCCAUCAUGCCGCCGCUGAUGGAUUCAUCGCCGCUCAGAAGGGUCGACAACGACAACAACCCCGCCCUGCCGGAAUCCGGCCACGUGCACUGCUUCUCCAAAAACCAGCAAGAAGACAUAGGGGUGAUGAGCAUGAACUAUCUCAACAAUCAUAUGCCUCAAUUCCAUGUUCCCUCGUCGGCUCCUCCGGUUCCUGAUCCAAACGCAUUCCCGUGGAGCCAAGCGGUCCAGAACCAAUGCGGGUUCUUGAAUUAUGGCUCGUUUCCUCUGGUUCAGGAGGACCCUGUGAGCCUGAGCUUCAACAAGACAGAGGAGGAGAUUGUGUGCCUGUCUCAAGAGAGUGGUGAAAUGAAAGGUGAAACCUCUUCUGGUCCACAUGAGCUUGACUGCCUCUGGACUUAUUAAAAGAAAAUUCCCCAUUUAUU